AUGCCUACCUUACCUCCACCACCUUCCACAAGGGCCACCGUAAUGAUAAACAAUAUAUCCACUGUAACGAAUGUGGGCCCUUCACCGACGGUCCUUCCUACCCGCGAUAUCACGGAAUCCUCCAGUCCGAUCAGCAAUAAUCUGACGCAAGCCCCAGCGGAAACCGCGAUCCCCACCCCGACGCAAUCAUCCUCCAAAACAAGGGUUGACCGGGCUACCGUGGGGCUCAGCAUCGUGCUGGGCUUGAUCUCGGCGACGACGAUGGUGUAUGUUGGCCUUCGGGUCUUCAACAAGGUCAAACCCCGCGUGAUACAAGCAAUCCUCCAUGCCAGGUCUGAGACCACUAUCGAAGUUUAUAGAGAGAUGUCUCCGUCCUCGGCUGGAAUGACGUCGCUGAUCACGCCUCAAGGAACCCAGUCCCCUCCGCAGACGAGGGAUAAACGCGCCACGUUCUUGUCCGAAAGACGCUCUGCCGGAGACGUCGAAGCUGGGAGAGCGCUGCCAGGACAAAAUCUUGCUCGUGGAAGUCGUCGAGAGCUUCCACCACUCAUCCAAACUUCUACGCGGGGGUCCGCACUCUCCAAUAGUGGCAACGGUUCAUUAGCGUCUCUUCCUUCGUACCGUUCUCAAAUGUGA